AUGGCAAGGAGAAAACCUCAAGCUCUUUUGCUGCAAAGCAAAAAGAAAAAGGGGCCAAGUGGUGUCAGUGUCCCUACAAUUAUAGUAUUAGUAUACAUCCUAAUUAUCGUUGUGAUGGUGUUUUCCCUAUUUUCUAUAUAUAGAUAUUGGUCUCGGAGAUCAAUUGUUCAGACACCAGAUGGUAUAUCAACCAACAAGGCUAUUGAGCGGAAGAAAUCUAAUAUUCCUAAUUACUCUUUUAUAAGCACUUCGAAAGGCCUAAUAACUGUGGAACUUUACAAGGAUGGUUGUCCAGACAUUGUUGAAAAGUUCAUUGAUUUCAGUCAAAAGGGUCACUUUAAAGGGAUGAAAUUUACUCGUGUAAUCAAGAACUUUGUCAUCCACGGUAGUAAAGUUGAUAGGCCUGAAGCCACAGAAGAUUGGACGUCGACGGAAAAACAUUCCAUCCAACUGGACACAAGUCUUAAGCAUGAAGUAUUUAUGCUUGGUACUUCCAAAGUGAAGCACGAAGGUGGAGGAUUUGAUUUAUUUAUCACAACAGCACCAAUACCAGAUUUGAAUGACAAGAUUAAUGUCUUUGGCCGUAUCAUCGAGGGAGAAGAUGUCAUGCAGGAAAUCAAAAAAGUAGAUACAGAUGACCACUAUCGACCCAAAACUCCUGUACAAAUCAAUGAAGUAACUCUGAAGCACAAAAGCUGA